UCACCACUAUUUCUAUUCUGAAAUUGUUACUUUCAGAUAUACUGCCUUUGAUUCUGGAGGAACACCAAAGAACCAACUUUUUGCGGUGGGGAGUCUCUUUGUCCUAUGUGGUUGUUCGAAGUCAAUAUCCAUUUGACAUACAAGCAAUCAAAAUCAAUUUCUCUGUGUCAUCUGACAAAGACCACAAAAGGGAGAGAUAAUGUUAGAAUGUCACUGGAGAAGGUGAGACAGAUUUUUUUUUUAAUUUGGCUCUAUUCCCCUUUUCUACUCUUUUUUUAUUAUUAUUAAAUGAGCUGGAUUAAAGGCUAUCAGUGGCUCAGCAUAUCCAUUUUUUUGUUCCUAUGGAGAAAAAAAAAGAUGAAAAUCACCUGGUUAUUUUUGUCAGCUUGAAACAAAUUGAAAAGGUACAUUUUCCGGGGACAAAAAUGACACACGUCACAGUCUCCCCCCGAAAUACUCAUGGCCAGCAAUGCUUUGGGACCCAGCUAGCCUUCUAGCUGCCUAACGCCCUUUAAAACCGCCCUAGCAGCUGACGCUCGUCUGUACAUUAACAAUAAACAAGCAGACCAGCUUUACGGGUUGCCUCGCGUCCUUUCCCUCCUUGGGAAAAGACCUGAGGGGGGCUUCCAGUUACGUCAACCACAGAAGGGAGGGGAGCGGACCCAAUUCCCACAAGCCACACCCAUUACUGUGGCGCACUGUUUCUCAAUCACAGCCACUUUCAUAGGAAUGGACUUCAACUCCCAGAAAUCCUUGCUAGCUGGGGAAUUCUGGGAGUUGAAGUCCAUAAGUCUUAAAAGUUCCCUGGGUUGAGAAACACCGCUUUGCCUAUUCUCUGCGCUCCAUGCUUACGCUUCACUCCCCUCCCCACCAAUGCUAAUCGAAACACAGCAAUGCUCUGCCAGGCGGGUCUUUCCUCUUUUUUCUUUUUUUACGAUCACCCGAAAGAAUCUAUAAUCUGGGCCAGAUUGCGGCAAGAUUCCUCCCGGCUGCGUGUGAUGGGCCGGGCAGCAAAAAAAAAAAAAAAACCCGGAUCCUCCUUUUCCACUUUAUUGGAUGAAGAAUUAGACCAAGUAUUUUUUUUUUCUCCUCUCCCAAACCAGCCUUACGCAGGCCGGCGCCAUUCCUUCCACCUUGAAACUGGAUAGGCUCCGAAUUAACCGCACGGGAAGCCUCCUCCUCCUCACGGGGGAACUGAGAGGGCGGCGCGACUCAAUUACUCUUUUUGCGUCGUGAGGCAACCGCCGAGGCUCGGCCCCUCGCUGGAUCCGCCUCUUUCGGCGCUGGCCCCGCUGGGGUGGAGUCCUCAUGGCAAUGGGCGAGCCUCCGGGUCCAAAAGCACAAGGCAACCCCACAGAUGGGCGGCUACCCGCCUGCCGCAAAGGGGGCCGACGGUUCGGGCUUGUCAGCGUCCUCCGGAUGACGGGCAACCUGGACGGAUUCGGCGGGAGCUCCUCUGCCCCGGCCGCCGCUUUGGGAUGCUGAGCCGCCGCCUCGUCAGCAUGUGAGGCAGCGCUGCAGGAAGUGCUGGAGAGAGUUGAGGCGAGGAGCGGCUCUCCGAGAGAGAGUUGAAGCGGCUUUCUUUCGGGCGCGGCUCACGAGGGAAAUCAGGCCGAGCGACCCUCUUCCCCCCCACCCCCACCACCUUCAGCCGGGGACGCAGCUGCCGCCUCACCCGGAGCAGACGGCAGCCCGCGGCGCGGCGGCCACCCCAGCUGCAAAGGAGCGCCUCCUCCUGCGAUGCCGGUUUUAAUUUCUCCUGAAGGGCAGCCGAGAGACGUCGGCUUGCGUGAAUGGGCGAGACUGAUGCCCUUUUAAUUAGGGUUUUCCAGCUCGAGCUUCCAAGUGACCGGUGGCUUCCCCCCACACCCACCACCCUAUAAGGCUGAGACCUGCGGUUAAAAGAUGUACACGUUUGUGGUGCGAGACGAAAACAGCAGCAUCUAUGCUGAAGUCUCCAAGAUUCUCCUCUCCACGGGACAAUGGAAGAGGCUCAAAAGAGAUAAUCCCAGAUUCAACCUCAUGUUGGGCGAGAGAAACAGGCUGCCUUUCGGGAGGCUGGGUCAUGAACCUGGACUUACACAGUUGGUGAACUACUACAGAGGGGCUGAUAAACUUUGUCGAAAAGCUUCUUUGGUGAGAUUAAUCAAGACAAGUCCUGAAUUGGUGGAGGCUUGCACGUGGUUUCCAGAAUCCUAUGUGAUUUAUCCAACCAAUUUGAAGACCCCAGUAGCUCCAGCUGAGAAUGGCCUUCAUCAUCUGAUAAACAACACAAGAACAGAUGAAAGAGAAGUCUUUCUGUCAUCCUAUCAGAAGAGGAAAGAGAGUGGAGAAGGAAAUGUGUGGAUAGCCAAAUCUUCAGCAGGAGCCAAAGGUGAAGGAAUUCUUAUUUCUUCAGAGGCUACUGAACUUCUGGAUUUUAUAGAUAAUCAAGGACAAGUGCAUGUGAUUCAAAAAUACCUGGAGAAGCCUAUGCUCUUAGAACCAGGUCAUCGCAAAUUUGAUAUUAGAAGUUGGGUCCUAGUGGAUCACCAGUAUAGUAUCUACCUCUAUAGAGAAGGUGUUCUACGGACCUCUUCAGAACCUUACAAUAGUGAUAAUUUCCUGGACAAAACCUGUCAUUUGACCAAUCACUGCAUUCAGAAAGAAUAUUCUAAAAACUAUGGGAGAUAUGAAGAAGGGAAUGAAAUGUUUUUUGAAGAGUUUAAUCAGUACCUGAUGAAUACUUUGAACAUUACUUUAGAAAAUACAAUCUUACUGCAAGUCAAAAAUAUAAUAAGAAGCUGCCUUAUGUGUAUAGAACCUGCUAUCAGUACCAAACAUCUUCAUUAUCAGAGUUUCCAGCUCUUUGGUUUUGAUUUCAUGGUGGAUGAGGACUUGAAAGUUUGGCUAAUUGAAGUUAACGGUGCUCCUGCAUGUGCCCAGAAACUUUAUGCAGAGCUUUGCCAAGGUAUCAUAGAUGUAGCCAUCUCUUGUAUCUUUCCUCUGAAUGAUACUAUUCAGAAACAGAACUUACCAUCUGUAUUUAUAAAGUUGUCAUAAUUAAGGAUCAAAUGAACACAUUGGAAAGCGUCCACCUGUUUGGAUCCAGGAAAGACCAAGAAACAUUGAACAUUGCAUCUGCACAUCAUGCCAAAAAGAAGAAGGGAAAAAGUGGCAUAAUUUUUUAAUUUCAGAAGAGGAACAUUUCAGAGGAAAGCCCCAGAUGAACCAAAAAGCUCUCAUUGACUCUAAAUGUUUUAAAGCAUUGUUACAAUAACAAAUCCUGUAACUGAAGCCUUUCUUUAUGUUUGAGGACAACGUAAUCAUUUUUUAAAAUGUCAGCAAAAUCCAGGGGUAUGAUCAAGUCUUGUCUUUAUCUUUUUCCUUCUAAUUUAAUAAAUAGUUUUAGCAAAUGCAAGUUUCAGUAUCCUUGAGAGACUGAAGAUUUUUCCUCUAAGAUUUGUCCGUCUUUUCUUUCUUUACUUGCUGCAGUUCUAGUGCCUUAGCUUUGUUCCUAACAACUCUCCUAAUUUGUUUUGUUUGUACAAUGUUGCUUUUAAACUAAAACAGAAAAGCUGCCCUGUUUUGCGUGGUACGAAGUUUCUUCAAUAUCUUUGCCUUUAUAUAUAUUUAUUUGUGUGUUCAUUUUUUUUUUUAAAGGAUAUUCUUUGCGACAAACUAACUGUGGGAGACUGCAAAACUGUAUCCUUUUUUUUCUUCUGACAAGCUGGCACAACUGCAAAAUCCUAUUAUAUUCUUCUUUGUUUUUUUAAAAUGUCAUCCCUUUGCUUGUCUUUUUGCCUUACGGAUGUGUUUCUGAGAUAGUGAAAUUGAAGCUUUUAAAGGACUUUGAUUCUUUUCUUAUUCCACAAAUAUUGGUUGGAUCCAUGCAUUGCGAUGACCAUGAUAUGUGAAUUCACCCAGUAAGGCAUCACAAUACAUGGAACCCAGGCCAUUAUUCAAUAAAUCAUGCUUGAAUUCGGGUUAAGUAGCCAUUUUAUAUCAGUUCACUUGGCAUAGCAAAACAAUGGCUUGGUUGUUGAAGUCCACAUUAUUCCAUUUGUCUAUCAUUUGUGAAUUUAUAUUCUUUCUAAUUUGUCCAAUCUGAGUAAACUGAUGCUAAUCACAACCAUAGUAACCAAGUCCAAAUCAUGAUUGAAAAUCCAGUUAAAACCAUGUGCAAAGUGUUCUAGAGUAGACCAUAGUUCUAGGGAAGGUCAUUCCUGUCUCCCCAAUAAGUGGUAGGGCAACUGUUUUAUCCCAGUUCUGCAUUUCUUGCCAGCAUUAAGUAAUCCCACAAUAAUGCAGGUAAGGUAAGGUAUUGUACUAUGCUACAGUUUGUUACUAUAUCACAAUUGGUUGGUUUGCAUAAGCUGAGCCAAAUUAAACAAGCUACGUAAUGGCUUAGCAUGUUUUAAUUCAGGGG